ACUAACCCUAGAUUCUAGGCAGCUUGUCCCGUCAAGCCGCCGCCACUCCUCUCCUCGGGAUCCCAGCAACCUUCACCCUCAUUUUCCUCACUGCACCAACCACCGGCCAGAUCCACCAGCCGCCGCUGCGAUCUGAUCUGUUGGAUCAGGAUCCAACGGCAGCCAGCGACCCCAGCCACCCACGCCUCCUCCCCGCAGCUCUCGAUCCGAUCUGAAUCGAGGCCUACCUCCAGCCUGCACCCGCAUGGAGCUCCUCUACGCCCGAGCUGCACCAGGCCCGAGCGACCGCCGGAGCUGCUCCGUUCCUCGCCCGAACCAGCAUCGAUGCCGCCAUCUUAUUCCCGGAGGAGUACCUCGACAGGAACGCCGCCCGCGACCCCGUUCCGCUGACGCCCCUACGCCAUGCUGCCAUGCCCGGCCUCCCCGCUCACCCUUCUCUCAUUUGGAUCGAGCUCGCGCUCGCUGCAGCCAUGGACUACGAGCCGCAGCUCGCCGGAUCAGCUCCAGGAAACAACCCCACGCGCUGUGGACCCCUCUGCCGCGCCGUGCUCCUUCCCCGAGCUCCUCCUCGUCGUCCCAACAACAGCACCGGAUCCCUUCCUCCUGACCUCCUCUUCCCCUGCUUCUUCCUUCUCCUUCCCAUCCCUGUCUUUCUCUCAUGUUCUCUCUCUCUCUCUCAGGUACAUGAACGACGCCAUGGCCGCUGCCUCGAGUUCCUGCCACUGCCAAAGACCCGCCCGCGGUCAGAUCCGCCGCCCCGGACCCGUUCCCGGCCGCCGCCUCUCCUUCCCCUGCUCUGCUUCGAGGAGGAAGAUGUUGCUGCCUCGAUCCACGUCAGCGCGUCGCUGCGCGUUGACACCGCUGUCACCUGGGCUGCGUGGCUAGCGCUCCUCCCCACCGAACCGAGCCGGCCCAUCUUCUCCUCUCCUUCGACGCAACCGCCGGCCUGCCUCUACCCCCUCUGUAGACGGGCCAAAGCCCAUGGUUGCAGGUGCCGAUGAAACCAUUGCAGAUGACGCAACAAAGCUCAAGUGGGAGCUCGAU